AUGGCUUCCGAGGUGGUUGAGGAUGUGACUCGUCUGAAGACUUUCGAAGAACCCAACAUCCAUCGAUCUGGAAUUGAUGAAUACCAAAACAUGUUUGAGCCGAGCUGCGGCAGAGCUACUUGCCCUGGUGUCGCAGGAAAAGUUAUCCUCCGAAGGCGCGGCAAAGCUCUUUUCUUGACCUUUUCCAAUCAGCAGCCGCUUGGUGUUAUGGGUACGCUGCUUAUGCGAAGCCUUUCUUGUGCGCACGAAGGAGGCCCAUACACCAGCUCUGUCAAGAUCCCUUCGAGAGUAGGAAACACGGAUCGCAAGAUGAGGAGUCAAGCAUGGAGAGCCCUUGCAGUGGCGAUAACAGGAUUUUUGGCCAGUGUUGAUGCGCAGACGGGAACAGCCAAGGAUUUGGGAUCGUUGCUUGCCGGACAGAAGAACCUGACGACGUUCUAUUCUUUGAUUCAAAUCCUCGCACCGAAUAACGAUGCCUUCGAAAAGAUUCCCUACACUCAACUCAACCAGGCCUUUGCGGACAACGACCAAGAUACUAUUGUCAAUGUCCUCGAGUACCACAUCUUGCAAGGCACGAAAAUGGCAGCUCAAUUAGUCCCAGGCACGCCAGUCUUCAUGCCGACACUGCUGACUAGCACAACAUGGACCAAUGUUUCGGGAGGCCAGAAUGUAGAGAACGUCGAGCAGGCUGGGGAUGUAGUGAUUUUUGUGUCAGGUCAGGGAAGCAGAGCUACGCUUACACAGGCCGAUCUCUCCUUCACUGGUGGAGUCGUCCAAGUCAUUGACUCGCUCCUCAUCCCACCCACAAAUCUUACCAGUACUACCACAUCCUUCAACAUCACUUCCUUCCAAGGAGCCCUCUACCAAACCUCUCAGCUGCGAAACUUUACUGAUACCCCCAAUUACACCAUUUUCGCACCAACCAACUCGGCCUUCCAGUCCCUCGGUAGCGCCAUCUCCAACCUGACGGUUGAAGAUCUCCGCUCCGUCAUGGACUUCCACGUCCUGCAAAACCAAGUCACCUUCUCGACCGCUCUCAAGAACGGCACCACCUGGCCCACCAAGCAAGGUGAGAACCUCACGGUGCACCGCUCCGGAAAUAACGUCUACAUCGGCAGCGCGCAGCUCCUCACCUCCGACGUCCUGCUCGCCAACGGCGUCCUGCACGUCAUCGACAACGUGCUCAACCCGCAACGGCCAGGCGCCCUGCCCAACCCGGACCUCCCCACCCAGCUCCCCGCCUUCGCCGCGGCAAGCAGCGUCGACAGCCUACCUUUCACAACGGCGAUCCCGUGCACAGAGAGUUGUCCCGCGGCGGUUAGCACGAGCGGGAGUGCCUCGGGCGUAACGGACGCUACGAGGACGGCGACGACGAGCGCCAGCAGCCCGGUGAGGACGAGCAGUAGCAAGGCACUGGGUGCGGCGGUGGCGAGGGAGACGGGUUUUGCGGCUGCUGGGACGGCGGGUUUGGUGAUUGCGCUUGGGGGCGCGGUCAUGAUGCUCUAG